AUGUUGUCCUUUCUUGUAUAUACGAUUUCCGUUUUGCUCGCGUGCCACGGUGCACAGGGGCAACAAGCCCAGUCGCCACAGCUCCUUGCUAGCCUUGACUACGGAACAUUCAAGGGAGCUUACUCAGAGAGGUACAACAUUUCGUACUGGCAGAGGAUUCCUUUCGCAGCGCCUCCUGUCGGCGAGAACAGAUUCCGCGGCCCGCAGCCUCCUCUACCAGUUCUAGAGGACCCGUAUGAUUCUAGUCGACCAUUUGAUAUGUGCCCGCAGCGCACCGUCAACGGUUCAGAGGAUUGCCUCUACCUGGGACUCUACUCACGGCCCUGGACUCGCGAUCAACCCCUGAAGCCAGUCGUGGUAACAUUCUACGGUGGUGGGUUUAUUCAGGGCUCAGCCUCUUUUAACAUCCCACCUUCUGCGUACCCUAUUCUCAAUGUGUCGACAUCGUCCGACAUGUUGUUUAUCUACCCCAACUAUCGCACAAACGCAUUUGGAUUCCUUCCUGGCAGGGAGGUUGCGGAGGACCCCCUAUCGGAUCUCAAUCCGGGUCUUCUAGACCAGGAAGCUGUGCUCAAGUGGACGAAGAAAUACAUUGCCCAAUUUGGCGGCAAUCCCGACAAUGUGACAGUCUGGGGACAGUCAGCUGGUGGUGGAAGUGUUCUGGCACAGGCACUUGGGCGCGGGGGAAAGCAAAAACUCUUCCAUAAGGCCAUGGCUAGCAGUCCUUUCUGGCCCAAAACAUACAAGCACGACAGCAACGAAGCACAGGACCUCUACGAUGAGCUGGCUGCGAGAACUGGAUGUGCAGGACCUAACAGUCUCGCAUGUCUCAAGAAGGCUGACGUCCAGACCAUCCGCGACGCAAGCCGUUUCCUGUCGACCUCGCAACAGUACAACACGUCAACUUUUACGUGGGGUCCUGUCAUUGAUGGUGAUUUCUUGCGCGAACCGCUUUCGCAGGCCACAGCCAAGGGUCAUGUUAACAUGAAUCUGGCUUUUGCCAUGCAUAACACCCAAGAAGGCGAGAACUUCAUCCCUCCCGGUUUCCAAGGUGCAACGGAUGCCGGGUCGCCUCCUUACAAUUCAAGCGCCGAGUCCUUUGAUACAUGGCUCCGCGGAUUUCUACCUGGGUUCAAGACGUGCGAAAUCGAGGCUGUGAAGAGACACUACCCAGCAGAAGGCACAACGGAGACCAUCGAGUACAGCACAACGUACGUCCGUGCCGGUCAGAUCUACCGAGAUGUCGUCCUCACCUGCCCUGCCUAUUGGUUCUCUGGAUCUGCAAAGGAUGGCGGCUGGCUUGGCGAGUAUUCAAUGAGCCCAUCAAAGCAUGCGAGUGACACAGUUUGGUGGAAUCAGAUAAACGCUAUUCAGCGGUCGGAUCCUGCCAGGUAUCAAGCUUACACAGGCGCUUUCGCAUCCUUCUUCAUGACGGGUGACCCGAAUGCUCUCAAACUGUCGCCUCCCGACAUUGCCGGGGUUCCUGCGCUCGACACCGGUAGCGAAUGGGUUAUCAAGGACAGUGGACUAAGCACAGCCAAGCUUGAGCAUCUUGGCAAGAGGUGUGAGUUCUGGCGAAAAACGGCAGCCAGAGUGCCGAUGUAG